CUCACGGCCAUCUUCGGAACCAAACGAGGAGUACCGGCCAUGGCAGCGGCACGGCUGCAGAGGUGGGCAAUGAUACUGUCUGGAUACUCAUACGAGAUAGUUUACCGAAAGGGGACAGACUUAGGACAUGUGGACGCAUUCUCGAGACUACCCACGCCGCAAGAAACGGGAGCUGAGACCUCUAGCAAGGACGGAGGAAUUUUCCACUUUUCGCUGGUAGACGAAUUGCCUGUCACGAGCAAGGAGAUUCGAUCGGCCACUAGGAAAGACCCAGUUUUAGCGACAGUGUAGGACAUGGCAAUGACGGGAUGGCCAGAUCAUGUAACAGAUGAGCGACUUAACCUUACUGGACAAGGCGUCACGAACUGUCCACAGAACAGGGCUUAUGGGGAACGCGUGUAGUAAUCCCGCCCAUACUUCGGAAGAAGCUGAUAGACGAAACUCAUGAAGGUCACAUGGGGAUUUCAAGGAUGAAAAGUGUCGCCAGAACUUUCUGUUGGUGGCCAGGUCUGGACAGGGAGAUUGAAACCCAAGGAAAGGCAUGCACAGUGUGCCAAGCAGCACGUAAUGCCGCACCCGUGACACCACUUCAGCUGUGGACAUGGCCAGAGAGACCGUGGAAAAGAGUUCACGUCGAUUAUGCACAGAGAGAUCAAACUCACUUUCUAGUGUUAGUGGAUAGUCACUCAAAAUGGGUGGAAGUAUUUGAAACGACCAGUACUACCACACAAAAGACAGUAGAAAUUUUGAGAAGGCUGUUUGCGGCAUAUGGGCUACCGGAAGAACCGGUUAGUGACAAUGAUCCACAUUUUACGUCCACAGUUUUCGAGUCUUUCUGCAAGUCCAAUGGCAUCAAGCAUACCCUCGUCCCACCAUAUCAUCCGGUGAGUAACGGGGUAGCAGAACGAGUGGUAGGUAUUCUGAAGCAGACACUCCUGCGAGACAUUGGACUGGAACAGUGGAGGACAGUCAAUCUUGUUAUAGCACCGUGUGUCUAACUUCCUCAUCAAGUACCGUAGCACGCCUCACCGGAUAACGGGCAGGACACCCGCUGAACUGUUCCUAGGACAACCGAUUCGCACCCGUUUCAGUCUACUCAAGCCCAGUCUUCAAGACACAGUGGAAGCAAACAAGCUGAUCAGAAACGGCAUCACGACGCCCGGGGUACCAGGAAUGGGAGAAUGUGGCUAUAAGGAACCGAGGAAGCGGACCGGAGAAAUGGAAAACGGGAGUGGUAGUGGAAGUAAAAGGACCACGGACAUACGUAGUCAAGGGAGCAGGGAUCAGAUCGUCGCAUACCUGUUCACGCCGACAACAACAUGGUGUCCUCACAAGUAUGACAGGAGGCGACUGCACACCAAACCCCUGAAUUCGUGGAUAUGUGUACGGAACCAGCGGCACCGUCGGAAGAGGCAAGGAAAACACUACCGCCAGCCGCAGAUGCACUUUUAGACUCGGGAGGUACCGGUGACGAGCAACGUAGACCCUGAGGCAACAGGAAAUACCACACUAUCGGAUAAUCACGAUCAGGAAGCUGAACAGCCUUAUCCAGUACAUACCCGGAAACCUGUGGUUCGCCUCGAUCUGUAGUAGAAGGGACAACAUCGAUACCUAGGGUAAAACAUAGUUUGAGGGGGAGUAGUGUAGUAGAUUAGAUAUCUGAACUGCGCAUGCGUGGAUGUAGUAGUCUGACAUUGUACACGUUGAAUUUGAGUUCUGUAUUACUGUUAGCGGCUAGCGAAAUAAAGGAGCUAC